AUGUCUAUCCCUUGUCUACGCUUCAUCAAGCUUCCCGACAGGGAUGCCUGGGUCCCCUCCUAUGUCGUCAAGAAGAAUGAUGACCUGUCGGCCUUCUACAUCCUCAUCGAGUUCGGCCAGUCUUCCAUCGCCUCCAAGCUGCUUGGAGACACUGUGAAUCUACACACUAUUGACAACAAGCCCUUCGUCGGUGCUUGGGUCAAUGAGGCCUUCAAGACUACGUGGAGAAUGUCCUCUUCGACUGUCCCUCAUGGCAAAGCUCUACAAAGUUCCACUACUCUGGAGCUCGAGGAUAUCUCGGAGGCCUUCAUCAACAACAUUGCUGAUCCUACGGAGCCGCCACUUCCUCCUCAACAGCAUUCCUUUCAAGCUACGGGUGAAGCAUCAACGUCCUCCUCAUCUGGAGGAGUCUUUCCUUAUCCGCCGAUGCCAUCUCACGCGCCACCCUAUGUAGCUUCUGGUCCACAUCCACAUCAGCCUGUUAUACCUCAGGGUUCUCACGCUAGCAUCGGCCACGGUCCCGCAGUAAGCGAAGGUUCUCUACCAGCAGGCAGCACCAAUCCCGUUACAUAUGGUGCCUUUGAGGGCCUUAACCAAUACCAGCACGUCCCUUCCGCUGAAGGCCUUCCUCCCCAUCACGUGGUAUUACCUUCUGUCAACCCGGUCCUACCUUCUGCAGCUCCGAUGGCUAUGAACUACGGCUACCCUACCGGAUACGGUGCUGGUUUUCCACUCCUACCUCCGGUCCCUCAGCCUCCUCCGGCCCUCGGUACUCAUGGAGUCAACUUUGAGGUCCCGCAGUUCGCUCCCUUCUCUGGCAACAAUGAUGCUAUUGACAGCACCACUCGCCACUACGCCAAGCGUGAAGCCAACUCUGCUGAUCUACCCAACAAGCGACAGUUCACCGGCUUCAACGACGACCGUGCAGUGGCUGAUGUUAUCAAGUCUGUCAACCAUCUCUCGUGCUCUAAUGGUUGGGGUGCUCUCGAGUACUACUUCUUCCUAACCAGACUCUUGGACGAGACGGUCAGCAGGGAGGUCAGACCUUUACCUCAGCAGACGCAUAGUGCUUGUGCUCGUGAGGUCAUGCGUAUCUGCCAGCUUCUCUCCCAGUUACACAAAUCCAGUGACACGGACUACAUCAGGAAGCUCUUCAAGUGGAACAGCCUUUACAUGGGUGAUCGCCAACAACUUGGUGACUUCUUGAAGGCCUUCGACUCUAUCCGCCUCGACAUCGAGCGUCAGCAAGGUUAUCCUUUCGAGGACCGGUUCCUCGCGUCCAAGCUGACUGCCAGCCUCCGAGGCGCUCAUCAUGAAGCUGCUCUCACGCGCAUGAAGGCCUUAACCUACCGUCAACUUCUACAUGAGCUCGUGGAACUUGACCGCCUUCGUCAACUAUCUUCACAGCAGCGUGGUAGAUCUGACCCUUCUCAAGGCCGCAAGGAUGACCCUCUCCCUAAGGUACCGCUCAACCAGAUGACUACCUCAACGUCUACAACGACAACCAACCAAUCGUCUACUCAGCAACCUACACAGGGCUCCAAUGGUCAUGGCAAGGGUUCUCACGAUCGUCAACGGCGUCAGCGGCCGAAGCUUCGGUGUACCCGAUGCAUGGAUGGUGAUCCUAACUGCAAGGCUGGUGCCAGCUUCUGCCCUGCGCCGUCCCCUCUCAAGAAGGAACGUAGGUGUCCCUACUGCAAUAGGCCUUCUGUCAAGUGUACUGGUGUCUGUCCCAAGCGGGACUCGGUAAGGUGUGACCGCUGCUCACAACAGCACCAUACUUCACACUGCCCUAACUCGCUGACCAAGUCUACUGACCCGACUCUCGACACCAUGACUCUAUCCUUAUCGGUUGAGUCCUUAGCGUUCACCCCGCCUUCUUCAACGACAAAUAGUCCUCUGAAGGCCUUCUCUUCUACCACACAGGCAACCACAUCGCCACCUCCAGUAAUCGCCAGUCCUGUUCUCAACCUCGACAACACUCUUCAGUCUCUCCGAGAUAUGCCAUCAUCCUUACGCAACGUGGAGUUCAACUUCCUCACGAAGGAUGGUCGUUGUCCUGGUUUCACUGGGCUGCUGGACUCCGGCUCUCAGCUACUCGCUUGCUCCGACUCAGGCCUUCUUCGCCUUCAACAAGCCAAUGUCGCUCUUGAGCCUACCGGUGUUACCUGUGUUGCUACUCUAGCGGUGUCCCGUCGGGUGAACUCGUGUCCCAUCUUCAAGAUCACCUACUGUCAUAAAGGCCUACGGGUUCAGACUUUCAUUGCUCUUGUUCAUGGCCUUGCUCGAGACUUCAUCUUCAGCUGUGACGUUCUUCGCCGUGUACAAAGUCCAGUUCUAUGGGUCUUCAAUCCUUCUGGUGAUCGCAUCAUCUCCCUCGUGGACACGACACCUCAAGUAGCUACUGCAUGGAAGGCCUUCAUCGACGCCGUGGACCUCUCCAGGUCUGCACCUCCGGAUGACCCUUCUAACAAGGUGGCUAUAGGCCUUAACUCCAUCGACCUCGGUGACACACAACCUCCAACUGUUCACUUGGAUGAGCACGAGUCUUGCUUCAACAAGGACUCCGUCAUUCCCCUUCCUGUGGUCGACGACUUCUCCAACGUUGCUGACGACGACCUCACCAACGGCUCGGUUUCUACUUCCUUCAUGCAGCUGCUCUUCUCAGAGCCUUGCCCCUUGGUGACUCUAGCCUCGCUGCCUGUCACGGACACCUUGGUGGUCUACUCUGAUCCUGUGCCCUCCAAGCAGGUUUCUACUCCGUCGCCUCCUCCUCACAGGUUUGUACACCAUCUCCGCUGGCGAACUGGUCACCGGCCUAACAACUCUCACAUUCCCUUCCUCAAGCGGUCCUCUGCUCUAGCCCAUCAACUUCGCCGCAAGGGUCUCUUUGACGCCUACGAUGCAGAGAUACGUGGCUUCGUCCAGAAGGGUUAUGUCAAGCCGGUGCCCCGAGAAGAAGUUCGCUUCUGGUUGCAUCACUUUCCUGUUAUCAAGAAGGGGUCUCAAGAAGGCUCUGUGAAUCGAAGCUCAAUGCGACUCAGGCCUGUCUUCGACGGUUCACCUCUCAGCAAGUUCAUCGAUGCCAGUCUGCCCGAAGGCCUUCAUCAAGGAGUACCACAGAGUCUUGGACUCCUUCGCCGUUACAAGUACUUCGUGGCUCUCGACAUCGUGCAGGCCUUCCUACAAAUCGAGCUGCCUCUCGUCGAAGACCAGCGAUGCCUCGGGUUCUUCUGGUGCAAUCAGGCUUUUGUCUUUCAGCGAGUAUGUUUCGGCAUGCCAGACUCGCCCUUCGCGAUGUCUGAUUCUCUCGCCAAGGGCAUGGUCGAAGCUGAUGCUCCCACGAAGCACGUUCGCUGCCUUAUGGACGACAUCUCCGUUGGCUCUGAUGAUCCUCGCCAUCUUACUGCCCUUCGUCGCGACAUCACCCAGCGGUUGUCGCAUCGCAUGUUCGAGACCAAUGACAAGAAGGAAGUCAGCAACCUUCCCGACCAGAUACCCAGUGAUCCCCAGCCAUGUCUAGGUGUGCGAUGGUAUCCGAAGUGUGACUCUCUGUCUCUCAAGUCAGACCUUCGUCAUAAGGCCUCAACGGUGGCUACAGUCAAGCUUCUCAAGCGUUACGGCAACGGCUUCUAUGACCCCCUCGGUUGGCAUCUCGAGCUCUCUAUGCAGCUCCGCCUCCUGUGCCGCCAAGCCAGGUCUAACGCCGACCCGCACACUGGUCACCUCCGCUCUGAGGACACCCAGGCUCUUGUCGCCUGGGAGAAUCAAUUGAAGGCCUUCGACCUAAGGGGGCCUCGACUUCUACGUCGGCCAGGUGAAAGUCACUGCAACUCGGUCUGUCUCUUCACAGACAGCAGUGACACCGCAGGCGCUGCUCUGUUGUACACCCUCCACGGCCAGCGUAUUGCAGGUUCAGGGUGUCUCCACCAACUCCAAGGACGUCGUACGGCCCCCAAGUUUGAGCUGGACACCUUGGCGUCUUCGCUGGAGUGGGCAUCGGCUAUGCUUCAGGAGUCCAACGACCACUCUCCUGUCCAUCAUCUUCUGGUCUUCACUGACAGCAGUAUAUCUAUCUCUCGGCUACGUCAAGUGACUCCGACCACGGCCCACAGCGUAGAGGACCUGGUGACUAUCCGGAGAGUGCUCAAGGUCAAGAACGCUAUCCACCAGUUACAGACCCGUUGUGAAGGCCUUCAUGUGGUGGUAUCGCAUCUCAGCGGCAAGUCUAACCUGGCCGAUGCUCCCUCAAGGUGUCAGCCGAAGUCCUUGUCCAUUGACUCCGACGCCCUCUUCUGCCACAUUCGAGCCUUCCAUGAUGACCUUUUGCGAUGCAACGACGGUGAUCUACAAGCCAACCCUAUGGUUUUCCGCCUUGACCCAGAGUAUGUUCCUACUGCUCUCCCCACGCGUUGGUCCAAGAAGGAGUCAUCAAAGCCCAAGGUUACAUUGGCGUCACUUGGUGCAGCGACGACCUCUAAUCCCGCUGGUGAAAGUGAGAAGACUGACCAGGAGGCCUUCACAGUGGACGACGACUCGCUUCAUCUUCUUGAGCGACUGUCCCGCUUUAAGCUCCUCGUCAAGGCGUGGCAUGCCUUAAGGACGGAGCUGCUACCAGGCACUCCAGCUUCCAGCACAAGCACGAUCGCCGACCCCUUGCGUCUGCUUAUACGUCAGCAACAACGCCUCCAUUUGAAGGCCUUCCACAAGUUACCCUUUCACUUCAAGACUGACGAAGGCCUUAUCUAUCGGUCGACACGUCAAGCGGGUGAUGGUACUAUCUUCAACCAGUUGGUCAUACCGAAGCAGUCUACUCUUCUUCAACGACUACUGGUUGUCAAGUGUCACGGAUGGCAUCAUGGAGGUAUCAAUGCAACUCUGCGGCGCCUAAGCACCAUGUAUGCCUGGCCCCGCAUGAAGCGCACUGUGGUUCCUGUCUGCCGAUGCUGUCGUUCCUGUCUCUCCGCUAAGACCCAGCGCCCUAUCCAUGCUCCUGCUGGCACCUUCGCAGCUCCUACAGCUGUCUGGCAGUAUAUCGGUCUCGACCACACCGGCCCCUAUGAUGUCCCGGUAAGGCAAGGCUCUCAACGGCUCCCUCAUUGUCUUGUGGCUACUUGUCUGCUAUCGGGCUACCAGCUCGCAGUAGCUGUCCCUAGCACCUCUCUUGAGCAGACUACGCUGGCUUUCAAGAAGAUAUUGGCCCUUGCAGGGGUUCCCAAAGGUCUUCGGUGUGACAACUCUCAGUCCUUCCGGGGUUCUGAGUUCCGAUGUCUAUGCCUCUCCUAUUCUAUCGAGAUGCAGUUCAUCUACAGCCGGUCUCCACAACGUGGAGGUGCCUAUGAGCGCCACCAUGCCGAGCUCAAUGAGCAGCUUCGUCUCCUUCAAGCCCGAGACCAACCAUGGGAUCUCACCGUCCUGGAGGCCACCGCUCGCUCCAAUGCUCGGUUUCGCUGGGAUGACUCCGGUUUGGUCAACUCUCCUUGGGAGUCCCAAUGUGCUGCCCUUUCUCCUCCAGUCGACCCCACGCUCCCGAAGGCCUUUCAAGAGCCCUCUGCGCGGGUUAGUGAAUGGUUACUCUCUACUUGGGAGAAGAAUCGUGAAGGACGACGAGUUCGAGCUGGUGAUAAAGCUCCUACUGUCAACACGGGUGACAUUGUCUAUCUCAAGCUCCCCAGACGUGUGACUAAGCUCAGCUCAUCCACUACCGGUCCCUUCCGAGUUCUUCAACGUUGUGGCAAUUCAGUCAAGCUGACUCCCACCAUUGGCGCCAACCGUUAUCGGUCUGUAUUUUUCCAGCCCAUCGACAACGUGGUGCGGACGGUUUCUGAGCCUGUCCACGACUCUGACACGCCCCUACCUGGGCCCCCAGAGUCUCAUCAAGUUUCUGAUGAGUCCAUUCCUGACAAGGCUCCUAGCGCCGAGACCACCGUUAGCCCCCAAGUUGAAGCUGAUUCUUCGAAGGCCUUAGCAAGUGCUCAGGACGACGCCCACGUCAACGACACUGCUUCAAGUGCUCUACCUUCGAAGGCCUUCACAUCAACCACCGGCUCUUCAGCAGACGACACAGUCAUUCACGAGCCUUCUUCGACCUCCUCUCGGCCAAGGACUAGACGGACUACUGUUCCACGCCGUACCGGUGACCCCCAUCCUGAAGUGAAGAACUUCGCCUACAUCAAUUCUUCUGGUCGAGGUGGACUCCAAUAUGGAAGGGUUAUCAGCGUUGACCAAGGCCUUUACCGACUGCAACUAGCAGACCGUUCUGCCGACGGAAACUCUCUACGUCUUCGCUCGGAUAUGGUCUCUUCUCCGACUGCCUAUCUACUUCGUGUCCAAGGAGACUCUGACGACUUCCCCGACAACAAGACCGAUUUCCGUCUGACUCGAGCGUCUGUCCGUUUCCUUGACAACCUCAAGAUGACCAAGCGCUGACCGUCAUUAUUGAUGAUGAUUAUAUUCUGUGAUACCAUUGUCUGCUCACUCCGGGCCCCCAGAACUGUCCUGUGACGACAGUACCUUUGAGUAAACUCAAGUGAGCAAGAUCGUAUCUAACCGUUUCACCGUUUCGCCAUUUCAGUAACGGUCGCGGUUCGCGAAUUAGAUCAGCUACUAAGCUUGGGUAGUUGCUUCAGCGUGUCUACGUUCCACGCACUGGACCGCUCUAUCGCUC